AAUGAGGUGAACCAACCAUGGAUAAUAGCCUCUCCGCAAAAUGGUGGGAAACACAAAAAUUAGUGUAUGUUUUAGGGAAAUAUACGGAAAAAGGAGAAAGGCAGAGUAACCGCUGCAUGCAUAUGCAUUGGCCCCAUAUCUCUCUCUAAACCAAUAACUAAGUUAUAGAUCCAACCCACCCCCCUAAUACCUAGAAAGCUUCCCUCUUAGAAAGGAAUCCAUACAAUGGGCAGCUGCUGCUCCCGGAGCUCCGAAGAAGAUGCUCCGGCAGAGCCAACUCACGACGGCGCAGAGGGAGCAGCCACAGCCACCACCCCGCCCCGGCCCCAGACGCACCCGUCCCCAUCCAAGAACGCCCCCAUAGGCCCUGUCCUCGGCCGCCCCAUGGAGGACGUCCGCAACAGCUACACCAUGGGCAAGGAGCUGGGCCGCGGCCAGUUCGGCGUGACCCACCUCUGCACCAACAAGCACACCGGCGAGCAGUUUGCGUGCAAGACCAUCGCCAAGCGCAAGCUGGCCAACAACGAGGACGUGGAGGAUGUCCGGCGUGAGGUGCAGAUCAUGCACCAUCUCACCGGCCAGCCCAACAUCGUCCAGCUCAGGGGUGCCUACGAGGACAAGCACUCCGUCCACCUCGUCAUGGAGCUCUGCGCCGGGGGCGAGCUCUUCGACCGCAUCAUCUCCAAGGGCCACUACACCGAGCGCGCCGCUGCCUCCCUCCUCCGCACCAUCGUCCAGAUUGUCCACACCUGCCACUCCAUGGGGGUCAUCCACAGGGAUCUCAAGCCUGAGAACUUCCUCUUGCUCAGUAAGGAUGAGGAUGCGCCGCUCAAGGCCACCGACUUCGGCCUCUCCGUCUUCUACAAAGAAGGGGAGAUCUUCAAAGACAUCGUCGGCAGCGCCUAUUACAUUGCGCCCGAAGUUCUCAAGAGAAGAUACGGCCCCGAGGCAGAUAUUUGGAGCGUUGGCGUAAUGUUGUACAUUCUUCUAUCAGGAGUUCCUCCUUUCUGGGCAGAAUCUGAGAACGGAAUCUUCAACGCCAUUCUACGCGGACAUGUCGAUUUCACCUGUGAUCCAUGGCCUAACCUUUCCAAUGGAGCAAAGGACCUUAUCAAGAAGAUGCUCAACUCGGAUCCCAGGCAACGCCUUUCAGCAUUCCAAGUGCUAAAUCAUCCAUGGAUCAAGGAGGAUGGAGAGGCUCCUGACACUCCUCUUGACAACGCUGUUCUCGACAGACUCAAGCAGUUCAAAGCCAUGAACCAGUUCAAAAAAGUCGCGCUCCGGGUCAUCGCAGGCUGCCUGUCGGAGGAAGAAAUCAUGGGACUGAAAGAGAUGUUCAAGGGAAUGGAUACAGACAACAGUGGAACCAUAACACUCGAAGAGUUAAAGAAAGGAUUGUCCAAACAAGGCACAAAGCUGUCCGAAUAUGAAGUGCAGCAGUUGAUGGAAGCUGCCGAUGCUGAUGGUAACGGCACCAUAGACUACGAAGAAUUCAUCACAGCAACGAUGCACAUGAACAGAAUGGACAGAGAAGAGCAUCUCUACACAGCAUUCCAGUACUUUGAUAAAGACAACAGCGGGUAUAUUACCAUAGAAGAGCUGGAGCAGGCUCUCCGUGAAUUCGGCAUGGAUAACGGGAAGGACAUAAAGGAACUCAUACAAGAAAUCGAUGCUGAUAACGAUGGGCGGAUCAACUAUGAUGAGUUUGCGGCCAUGAUGAGGAAAGGUAAUCCAGAGGCAGCAGCGAAUCCCAAGAAACGGAGAAACAGCAUCUUCACUUGAUAGCUAUGGAAAAUGUUGAGCUUAAAAGAGAUGAAAGGUCAUUUUCAACUAAAUAUAUAAAGUCAAGCACUUUACACAGACUUGUCUACAGAAUGGGGAGAUACUAAUGGAACACGAUCUUUUUCACAAACUUUUGCUAAAGUUUUUCUACAACAGAGGUUCCUUGAGAUUAAGGACCAUUCAUUGAGAGGCAAAUAACAUUCCAUACAUAGAUUUGAAAAAAAAAAGAAAAAAGAAUACACCCAUUUAUACACACUUAUCGCAGUCGGGUUAUGGAUCUCUCUAAGUUGAAAAUAGAAAUGGGGGAAGGGGGAGAGAUAUGUACAUAUAUGCAUUUGUUUUUGUAUGUAUAGUGAAACCAAAACUAUUUUAUAGAAGUCCAACUUUUUUUUUUC